CCACGUGCUGUUGGUUAAUUUUUUUUACCACUUGAUUUAACGUCAAAUUACAAUCUGAAAAGUAGUUAUUAAGCUCUUCACGUGGUAUAUUUAAUUUAUGACAUCAUCGAGUUAAAUUAUCAACAAUAAUAAUGGACAAAGACCUUCAGCAACUUCAAAAAGCAAUUGUUAAUUAUUAUUUAACACUCGAAAAAAUUUAUUGUUACUGCAACAAUGAGAUUAAUAAGGUUAAAACCGGACCAUUAACAUCACUCAAAAAUCAGAUGGAACAACUUCGUCAUGUAACCAGCCCUGCGGUAGAUACUGCAGAAAUUUGCUUGAUCAAAGGCGCCCGGGAAAAACUUAUUUUUAAAAUAAACUUGGGAAUCGAAGAAGAACUAAAGCUUAUUGUUGAAGCUAUCAAUACUCUAAACAAUUACACUCAGGAGCUAAAGGAUAAAUAUCAUCAGCUAGAACAAGCUCGCAGCAAAAUAAAUUUCGACGACCCGACAAUAAUUAAUUUUGUGAAUGGAACAAGUGAGCGACCUCGCCUGAAUUUAUUGCUAGAGUGGUCCAUGGAAAGUUUAGAGUUCUACAAAAAUUAUUACAGUGACAUAACCGCUAGUUUUAAGGCAUUAAACAUAAAAGAUGAAGCCAGCGUUGACAGAUUAAUAGACUCUUUUAAUUCCAGCAGCAGUAAAAGAAUAAAAAAAAUUCUCGCAUUCACGCAAUACUUAAACAACAAACUUCGCUAGCGUGUACUGAUGUAUUUUUGAAUAAAAAAUCUAUAAUAUUUUUAUUAACU